AUGGCUAGUCAGAAAAAGUCGCACGUCUUCCGUGUGACGGGCCUGUCGAGAGAACUGCCUGAUGAGAAUCUCAAGACUGUAUUGCUUGAGGCAAUCAACGAUAACCUCGCCGAUGACGAGACAUCGCGCAUCAAGACUGAGAUCACAAUCGUACCGUCAUGCUACCAAAUUGUCUCACAGAGGGGGGCGCUGGUGCAGUUUCGUGGUGGGGUGCCUCAGUUCCUCCGUGACCUCGACCCGCUCGGAGACUGGCAGGUUGAGAUGGGUGACGAUGAUAUCAACUUUGACUGCCACUUCUUUGGAUUUACCCAGCUCUAUACGCUGGACGAAAAUAAGCCUGUGGAUGCAGAUAUUAUUGCGAUCGCCGGACUCGAUGGACAUGCGUACGGAUCGUGGCAAGGAAGGGGGAAUCUCGGUCGGAUGUGGCUCCGUGACUUCCUGUCGAAAGAUCUGCCGCAGUGCCGCACAAUGAUCUACGGGUACAACUCCAAGCUGUCGAGUCAUGGAGUGGGUACGAUCCUCGACUACGGGCGGGAGCUGAUGGAGGAGAUCAAGAAAAUACGGAACACGAAGGAGCUCCAGCAGAGACCUCUGAUAUUCAUCGCACACAGCUUCGGAGGUAUUAUCAUGGCUCACUGCCUGGUGAGGGCCAUCCAAGCACUGGAAGAAGACCACCCAGCGAUCACGUCGCUGCAUCGAGCCACGUAUGGCAUGAUCCUCUUUGCCAUCCCACAUAAAGGCUUAGUGAUGGACGAUAUCCAGCAGAUGUUGGGCGGCGAUGGACACCAUCCGCGAGAGAAACUCCUACGCCAGAUUUCCAGCCAAUCGGAUGUCUUAAUUCAUCAACUGGCCGACUUUAGAAACCUGAUCCGGGACCGUAAGGUGGUCAGCUUCUAUGAGACAGAGCAGACGAAGCGGUUGGUAUUAGACUCGGAAAGCGGACGUUGGAAACGCACUGGAGAUUUCAUAACAACGGUUGACGCAGAUUCGGCUCUUCUUCAGCUUCCCGACCACGUAGAAGACAAGGUGCCGCUGCAUGCAGAUCACUCAAUGAUCGUGAAAUUCGACAAGCUCGAUGCGGCCGGGUAUCAAUCGGUGCGCGAUAGACUUCAACAAUUCUCAAAGGACGCACCGUCGGCGGUGGCGGCUCGGUUUACACAGACGCGUCAGAAGCCUCAGCCAUGCUCUACGGUGCCUUUUGAGAGGGACUCAACAUUUGUGGGCCGUGAAGCCGAGAUCAGUGCGAUCAAGGAAAAACAUAGGGCGAUAGGCCAGCAUCAUGAGCGGGUGGCAUUAGUAGGACUGGCCGGUGUUGGAAAAACCCAGACAGCUAUCGAGUAUUCCUAUCGCGUACGAGAAUCAACACCAGACACGUGGGUUUUUUGGAUCCACGCCAGCAAUCCAGAGAGGUUGGAACAGGGCUACCAGGAGAUUGCCACAGUGGCGGGCAUUCCGGGACGGGACGAUCCGAAGACUAACAUCCUUCAGCUCGUGUAUCAGUGGUUGCGUGAUCCACAAAAUGGUUACUGGCUGAUGGUAUUAGAUAAUGCGGAUGACUAUGGUAUUUUUUUUAAUGUCACUGAAUCCAUUGAACGAGGGCCACUGGAGAGGUUCCUUCCCCAGGCCGCGCAUGGAUCAAUCCUGGUCACGUCCCGAAAUGGUCUUGCGGCACGGAAUCUGGUGGGGAGCGAUGGUCAUGUGAUCGACGUUCAGUCAAUGAACGAGGAAGAGUCGCUCGCCCUUUUACGGGCAAGAAUUCCGGCCCCCCAAUCUGGAGAGUCUGGAGAGGACGAGAAGGCACUGGUCCAGGCACUUGAAUACAUUCCGCUGGCAAUCACUCAGGCGGGGUCCUAUAUUGCCAACCGUCUUCCUCUAAUUACCGUCACCGCAUACCUUCGACUUUUCCAUGAAAGCGAGUCGAGACAGACACGGCUUCUCGAGAAUGAGGAUUCCACGGAUCUCCGGCGCGAUCCCAGCAUUCGGUAUGCGGUGAUCACAACUUGGCAGCUCUCAUUUGAGCAAAUCCAUCAGGAACGACCCGCGGCGACAGAUCUCCUGGCGUUGAUGAGUAUGUUUGAUCGGCAGGGAAUCCCCGAAGAUCUAGUGCGCGGCUCCGAUCAAGAUAUCCUGGACUUUCACGAUGCAUUGGCGCCGCUGCUCAGCUAUUCUUUAAUCCGACUGGAGAUAAACGAACGGUUGUUUGACAUGCAUCACCUAGUGCAAUUAUCGGUUCGGGCGUGGCUGGGCAUGCACCAGCAGCUUCACAGCUGGCAGGCCGAAUCACGAGGGAUUAUGGCACGGGUAUUUCCAGAUGGCAAUUACGAAAGCUGGACGCAAUGUCGAUCGCUCAUUGCGCAUGCCAAAAGUGUGCUGAAGUUUAUAUAUCCUGUAGAUGAUGGAGAUCGGUUAAACGCGGCUACCCUCUUAUCUAACUGUGGAUGGUUUCUAGAUCUUCAAGGAGCUUAUGAAGAGUCAGAAUCGAUGCAUCGAUGGGCACUAGGGGCACGAGAGAAGGUGCUUGGACGCGAGCAUCCUGACACGCUCACCAGUGUCAGUAACCUUGGUGAUGUGUUGUCCAGGCGAGGGAAAUACGAAGAGGCGGAAGUGAUGCAUCGACAGGCAUUGGAUUCACGACAGAAGCUGCUUGGAUACGAGCAUCUUGACACGCUAACCAGUGUCAGUAACCUUGGUGAUGUGCUUUCCAGGCAAGGGAAAUAUGAAGAGGCAGAAGCGAUGCAUCGACGGGCGUUGGAAGCAAGAGAGAAGGUGCUUGGACAUGAGCAUCCUGACACGCUUACCAGUGUCGGUAGCCUUGGUGAUGUGCUUUCUAGUCAAGGUAAUUAUAAAGAGGCAGAGGUGAUGGAUCGACGAGCAUUGGAAGGUAGUGAGAAGGUACUUGGACGUGAGCAUCCUGACACACUCAUCAGUGUCAGUAUCCUUGGCAAUGUCCUAUCCAGGCAAGGGAAAUAUAAAGAGGCGGAAGCGAUGCAUCGACGGGCGUUGGAAGGAAAUGAGAAAGUGCUUGAACGUGAGCAUCCCUCCACGCUCACUGGUCUCAGUAACAUUGGUGAUGUGCUUUCUAGUCAAGGUAAUUAUAAAGAGGCAGAGGUGAUGAAUCGACGGGCGUUGGAAGGUAGUGAGAAAGUGCUCGGACACAACCAUCCUGACACGCUAACCAGUGUCAGUAACCUUGGUGAUGUGCUUUCCAGGCAAGGGAAAUAUGAAGAGGCGGAAGCGAUGCAUCGACAGGCGUUGGAAGCAAGAGAGAAGGUGCUUGGACAUGAGCAUCCUGACACGCUUACCAGUGUCGGUAGCCUUGGUGAUGUGCUUUCUAGUCAAGGUAAUUAUAAAGAAGCAGAAGUGAUAGAUCGACGAGCAUUGGAAGGUAGUGAGAAGGUACUUGGACGUGAGCAUCCUGACACACUCAUCAGUGUCAGUAUCCUUGGCAAUGUCCUAUCCAGGCAAGGGAAAUAUAAAGAGGCAGAAGCGAUGCAUCGACGGGCGUUGGAAGGGAAUGAGAAAGUGCUUGAAUGUGAGCAUCCCUCCACGCUCACCAGUAUCAAUAACCUUGGCAAUAUGCACUUCGGUCAAGGGAAAUAUACGUUAGCAGAAAUACUGCUUCGACAGGCAUUGGAAGGAUGUGAAGAGGUACUUGGCCGCGAGCAUCCCGAUAUGCUCAACAAUGUCAGUAAUCUUGCCAAUGUGCUCGACAAUCAAGGGAGAUAUGAAGCGGCAGAAGCGAUGCAUCAACAUGCAUUGGAAGCACGAGAGAAGGUCCUUGGAUGCGAGCAUCCCUCCGCACUUUCCAGUAUCAAUGAUCUUGGUAAUGUGAUCUCCAAGCAAGGGAAAUAUGAAGAGGUGCAAGCGAUAUAUCGACGGGUACAGACUGUGGAUUCUAGUACCCUCAUGCAGCAAGGAAUCCUGCCUAAGAACAUAUUCUCCACUCCUCAUCCGUUGCUUCAAUUGUCGCAAAGACAUCAUCGAUCACUGGGAGAGAAAAAUGACCGUGACGUCGACUGA